AUGGGAUCUACUGCUAGAAGAAUUCUACCACUGAGUUUUCGUACCACUCGUUUGGCAUCUCUUGCUCCAAGUCUGGCUGCAUUGGAUCCGUUUUUGCUUGAUAAACCCCUUCCUAAUAAUCUUCCGCCGCCUGUUCCAAGAGAUUCGCUGAUUCCUGCUCGUCCAGCUCAGCUACAAAACUUAGUGACUCCAGUGACUCCGGUUUCUACUGCAGAAUUCGUUGACAUUCUCUGUGAUGUUCAACUAGCUAUUCACCAAGGAAUCUAUCCAACUCGUAUUUCCCAGGGCUCGUCUGGCUCAUACUUUUGUCGCAGUUCCCAAGGCCAGAUUGUUGGCGUGUUUAAACCUAAAAACGAAGAACCUUAUGGCAACAUGAACCCCAAAUGGACCAAGUGGCUUCAUCGUAAUUUGUUUCCUUGUUGCUUUGGCCGUACUUGUAUUGUUCCUAAUCAAGGGUAUGUGUCUGAAGCCGCCGCAUCGUAUCUUGAUCGGCGAUUGGGUUUAAAUCUGGUACCAAGAACAGAGAUUGUCUGUUUGGCUUCUCCAACAUUUCAUUAUUCAUUUCGAGAUAGGUGGGCAUAUCGUAUCUGGGGAAAGCCUUUGCCUACAAAGACUGGUAGUUUUCAACUGUUUUUGACUGGAUACAAGGAUGCAACAACCUUUUUUCGCCAAGGAUAUGAAUGUAUGCAAAGUCUACACGAAAUGAACGAGUCCAGAUCAUCAGAUAAUUUAGGUCCCACUUUACCGCCGCAUCCACUUGGGUGGACUCCUAAACAACAACUUCAAUUUCAACUGAGUUUUGAGCGUUUGGUUAUAUUGGAUUAUCUGAUUCGCAACACAGAUCGCAGCUCUGAUAAUUGGAUGCCCAGUAUUCCAGAUACUAAGCAGCAAUCUAAUACUGAUUCAUUUACAGUCCGUAUUGCAGCGAUUGAUAACGGUCUAGCAUUUCCAACCCAUCACCCAGAUCGCAUGCGAUCCUACCCUUAUAGUUGGGCUUUUUUGCCUAUAGCACAUAAACCGUUUUCACCAGAUACAGCACAUCUAGUUCUUCCACUCAUCACAUCAUCUCAGUGGUGGGAAACCACUUUUCAUGGAUUGGAGACCUUGUUUCGGCUAGAUCGAGGAUUUCAGACCAAGUUAUGGCGUAAACAGCGAUCAGUUAUACGUGGACAGGGUUAUAAUCUUACCGGGGUGCUGGGAAAAGUAUCUGUGGAUAAAUCUCAAAGUGAUAUGACUGCUCAGGCACAAAUGUCAGUGGAUGAUGUUGAUCCAAGCUCUAAUUUGCCUGCUUCUCCUUAUCAUCUUGUUCGUCUCCCAGCAGUAUUGGUUCACGAAGAGGUAGUUGAAGAGGAAAUGGACAGUGACACGGAUGAUAGUUUGGAUAGUGAUGAAGAGCAAGGUGUUGAGCAUGCUGAGGGAAUGUAUAGACAUCAGUCGGCCUCACGAUCUGCAGAUCAUAUUGUUGGAUCGGAUGGACUCGCAUUUGGCGAGAGUGGCGAUGAACGCCAUUACUUGCGAGAGGGGAAUCAUGGCCAUGCAACGAUUGGAAUGGGAAGCGCUCAUGCCAUUGGACGACGACAUAACAGUCGAGGUCGCGCACCUUCGUUUAUCCAGCGACAAAAGAAAAAGCUGCGACGAGUACAAAGACGAUUGGAGACUUUGACCUUGAGACAACCUUGCUGCACCCAUUGGUGA